GUCGAGGCCCUCAAGCAACAGGUGGGCGCUCGUCUCAUAACUGCGCAAAACCAAAACGCUCUGUAGGAUUGCUUACGUUUCUCUUCCUCCUUCAACUUAUUCUAAUUCUAGACUCCUUUACCCAACUCAGUUGGUUGUUCGUUUUCUCUUCUAUCCUAAUUCCGAAGAAAAAGAAAAGUGAAGCUAUCAUCACUUUUUCCCUCUUCUUUCUUCAUUAUAAGUGUGACUGGUGCACCAUAAUUUUCUUGCAAGCCUAUAAUUCCUCUCGCUUGAUCGUUCGCUCCAUUCAUCUAAUCGAAAAUCUUCCGACUCGAAAUCGAUUAAUUACAACUCAUUCCCUUCAGACAGUCAUCAGAGUCGUUACAACACCAAACAUAUUUCAAAAUGUCGGGUCAAUUCGGAUUCAUGUCCAAGAUUGGCGCGACUGACCAAGCCGUUGCCACUUUGAACGACCAGCCGUACAUAUUCACCAUUCUCGUUGUCAUCCUCGUCACGCUGAUCCUUCAGUCCGUAUUCAUUUGGUACAUACAUUACGCGACCAUGAAGCCUGAGCAAAAGAAGAAGAAGGAACCCAAGGACAGCAAGAAACCAGCAGCGAAGCCUCCGGCAGCACGAUAGAGAUAGUCCGCUGAACACUAGUCACGACAAAGGAUGGGGUACGGGACUCGGCGGUUACACUACCCACAACAUAUCCCGACCGAAUACCACUGUAAUUCUUACGAUGAAAGCGAUAUGCCAAGAUGUGAAAACGUCAAGGAAAUGCAUAGAGAGAUUCCGUACAACUAGGCGACUCAAGUUUCAUCGCUUAGAUGUAUAAAUUUCCGGUGUAUAAGGAAGAGAAGAGAAGAGGAACGAAAAGACUCAGAAUGGUGGAAUUUAGAAGUGCUUCGAUGACAGCAGGCCGCGUCUAGCACCUUAAUCAUUGUGUAUUUACUGGUUACAUUUCUGUCAAUAUUCAUACAUUUGUGGAGCCUGAUAAUCCAUUUCUUCGUCCAGAUAAUUAUUCCCAUCUAUUAUUGCCUUGUCUGACCAUGUGGUAUAAUAGCCGUCGUCCCUGGAUAUAUUUUCUGAGUUAUAUGGAAGCUCAUACGAGUCCCCAUAGACAGUCUCAACGGUACGUAAAUCGUUAGAUGAGCAUAGAUCAUCGAUAUUGAUAAUGGACUCCGUAA